AUGUAUUCAUUGCAUAGAGUAUUCCGAAAAUGUCUAUCAAGACCAAGACUAGUAUUUCUAAUUAUUGUUAGUAUUUUUUGUUUCAUAGUAUUGAAAUAUCAACAUCAUAUUAUUCCAAAUCCAGACCCAUACUGGAUAAAUUAUAAACCAAAGAAACCAGAUCAUUCCUCUAAUAAGAUUAGUCAACAAUUGAUAUCAUCAAAAAUAGAUUCCCCUUUCCAAUAUGGAUGUACUAUCCCAGAUACUACAGCGCCAAGAGCAAAUGCUGCAUUGGUAGUUCUAUGUCGAAAUUCUGAACUCGAGGGAGUGAUCAAAUCCAUGAACUCCAUGGAACGACAUUUCAACCAAUGGUUCAAUUAUCCCUGGGUUUUCUUAAAUGAGCAAGAAUUCACCGAUGAAUUUAAAACUACAGUGCAAAUGCACACUAAAAGCAAGAUUGAAUUUGGCAAAAUUGGACUGGAGCAUUGGGAAUUUCCUGAUAGUAUCGAUCCAGUGGUCCUAAAAGAAAGUAUUGAAAGGCAAGGGGAUAAGGGAAUUAUGUAUGGGAAUGUACCAUCAUAUCACAAAAUGUGUCGAUUCUAUUCUGGGUUUUUCUUUAAACAUGAACUUGUGGCAAAGAGAGAUUGGUAUUGGAGAGUUGAACCUGAUGUUGAAUUUUAUUGUGAUUUGACCUAUGAUCCAUUUGUUGCAAUGGAAAAGAGUGGAAAGAAAUAUGGAUUUAAUGUUAUAAUGGGGGAAAUUUUUUAUUCAAUACCUGGACUAUUUAGAGAAGUCAAGGCAUAUAUUAAGAAGAAUAACAUCCAGGUAAAAAAUUCAUGGAGCUUGUUCACGUUUAAUUCACAAUGGACUAAAGGAGACCAUAAAGAUCUAUAUGAUGGUAUACCAGAUGAAGAUGAGAUUGAACAAGAAGUUAUGAGAAACAUGAAAUUGAAACAAUUUUUGAAUAAGAAGGGCAAAAAAGAUCAUGAUUUAGAAGAUCUAGACCCUGAGUUAGUGUCCAAACUAUUCAGUAAAUCAAGUGAAUUGCCUAGGUUGCAUGAAGAUAGGAUGGAUAGAGAAGAUUAUAAUCUCUGUCAUUUCUGGACGAACUUUGAAAUUGCCAGAACAGAUUUAUUCACUUCAGAAGAGUAUCAAAACUUCUUUAACUAUCUAGAUGCAACAGGAGGGUUUUACAAAGAAAGAUGGGGUGAUGCACCGGUACAUUCAUUGGCAGUAGCUAUGUUACUUGACAUGAACGAGAUUCACUACUUUAGAGAUAUUGGUUAUAGACAUACAGAACUUGUUCAUUGUCCUAGCAAUGCACCUGAGAAACAAUUGAUAUAUGAAGGAGUUUAUGUUGAUACAGAAUUUCCUGAUAAACCUCAGAUUAAUGGUGUUGGUUGCCGAUGCAGAUGUCCGGAUAUGUGGUAUGUUGAUCGCGAAGACUCAAGCGACUAUUGUUUUCGAAAAUGGGUAGAGCACACGGACGACAAUUAUAAGGCAUUUGAAGUGGUUGACGUUGACCAAUUAGAAAAGAAAAUAUGGGAAGAACUAAAUGAUAAUAUUAAAAACCAGAAAUAA